AUGGGUGCCAUUCCGGAAGCCGACCCCGAUGAGGUCCUCGAGACCAAGCCCUUCAAGUUCGUCACUGCUGGUUACGAUGCUCGUUUCCCCCAGAUGAACCAGACCAAGCACUGCUGGCAGAACUAUGUCGACUACUACAAGUGUACCACUGCCAAGGGCGAGGACUUCCGUCCCUGCAAGCAGUUCUACCACUCCUUCCGCUCUCUUUGCCCCAAGGCCUGGACCGAUCGUUGGGACGGUCAGCGCGAGGCUGGCAACUUCCCUGUCCACCUCGACAAGUAG